UUUCGCUCGAACUGAAAGCAACUAAAAAUAAUUUUGGCUGUAAAAGUACAAAAAAAAAAAGAAAAGGUUAACUUUUGAUUUUUGCAAAGGAAAACUCGUAGAAUGGAUGUGAAUAAGUUAAAGAAAAUCGAGAAUGAGGUGCGCAUCGGUGGCAAGGGGUCGAUGCGUCGCAAGCAUAAGCAUGUUCAGAAUUCGCCAGCGGUCGAGGAGAAGCGCUUCCAGAUGGCUCUGGCCAAGCUGCCGUUGAAUCAGCUGCCCGGGAUCCAUCAGAUCAUCUUCGAGAUGAGAGAUUCCAGUGAGAUUGUUGUGCUGAUGCCGAAGGUUCAGGGCUCGGUGACUAGCAGUGUCUAUGUGAUGACCGGCGAUGUCUUUCGCAAUCCGCCGACAAGCUCUUCGUUUCUGUCAAAGGAAAGGAAGAAGGAGCAGAAGAAGCAACAGCAAAAGCUGCAGCGCGAAAUAGAGCGAGAGCGAGAGCGAGAGCGCCAGCAGCUGCAGCAGCAGCAGCAGCAGCAGCAAAAGUCUUGCCAAGAAAUUAAGCAGCAGAAGCCGCUUGCAGCCAAAAAGCCGAAGAAGCCACGUCAACGCCUUCGCUAUCGCAACAAGAAGGCCCAACAGAUGUUGGCCAUGGCCGAAGAGGCUGGCAAGGCGUUCGCCCUGAACCGUCAGGAAGAAGAUCCCAAGGCUGGUGGGGAUUCGUUGGAGGCUUCCCAGUACAAUGGCGGUGAUGAUGAUCGUGAUAUUAGCGCCUUGUUGGACAAUCUCUUGGAGCUUGGAUCAUCGAGCAAUCCGAACAAUCUAGGAGGGGUAUCGGGUGGUGGUUUCCUUUUGGGUCGUCUCCCAGUCGGUGAUGAUGCUGGCUCUUCGCUAGAUUAUGGCGAGACUGAAUCGAUCCAAUCGGACAACACCAAAGUGCCAUCGGAUGAUUCUGAUUUCGAUCAGACCAUUGUCGGUGAUAAUGAAUCUUUGGGCAGCUGGUGUGUUGAUGGUGAUGAUGAUGAUGAAUCUGAGAACAAUCAAGGCAGCGGUGGUGGUGGCGGUGGCGGUGGCGGUGGCGUAGGUGGCGCUGUCAACCAAACCAUUGACAUUGAUGAGUCGUACGCCCUGCCUCCCUUGGUGUCCAUUUGGUACGAAACGGAUGAUUUUGUCUUUGAGGAUGAAGAAUGAAGAAGGAAGUCCUUGGUUCUUUCGUACACUUAAGAAAACAAGCUGCUGCUAGGAAAGAAGCUUCUUUACACUUUUAAUACUUCCACUCUCUUCCAACCACAAAACAUCAAAAAAGAAACAAAAUUCAUGAUUCAAAAUUUGACAUUACACGCGACACUACACUGACUCUCAAAUUUUGGCAUGAAUUUUGUAUACAAAUUUUUGCUUGCUGUUGUUGUCGUCCUAACGCCAAAUUGUCAGCUUUCAUGGAAAAAAGCAAUAAAAACGAAUACACUGAGAGAAAUAAA